AUGUCCUUUCCAUCAGUCCCUUUGGUCGAAGAAGUGAGCAAAUGGAAGCGAGCUCAAGUUCUUACGUACUUGCAGUCCAAAAAAGACGAACUGGACCUUGAUGAUAAGCACAUCAAAGUCAUUGGAGACCAAGAAAUCGCUGGUCGCGCUUUUCUCGAACUGACUACGGAAAAACUUAUGGAAGAUGGUUUGAAAAGAGGGCCAGCUGAAACCAUUGCGAAACUAAUCAAAGAAAUCAAAAGCCAACCAGAAG